UGAACCACACUAUUUCUGUGGUAUACCUACUUAGUUACCUUUCUACCAUCUUAAUCUGCGUCAUUCAUAUUCUCAUCUUGAAAUGAUUAUAUUCACACUUGUUUUGUGCGCUUUAAUUACAAUUUGAAACAUUGUUUCCGGCAUCGAGUGCUAUAAAUAUUGAUACGUUUAUACCCGAAUUUGAAAAAAAAUUGUUUCCACGAAUCAUGGCAAAUUCGCAAAUGUACGUAGAGCACGCGAUAUACAAAUGUUUCGCAAAAAAUCCUCGGUAUCGACGAGAACUCUCGCGCGAUGAUUUGGCAUCACCGGAUCAAGUUUAUUCUGUGUUUUUCGAAACAGAAAAUUCCGAUUCGACAGACGGUUAUAAUUCGGAGGUGAUUUUUGGCCGGAUAAUUUACGAAGACGAGCGCGGAAAGAAACAAUGCGGCGAUUCGAUCAUGGUGAAACAGAUGCUAGUUUCCGACACCGAGAUUCGAUCCAAAUUCACCGAUGUGACUUUUUCCAAUGAAAUCUUCGUUUAUAGUCGAAUCAUACCGUUUUUUGCAUCGUUCAGCCAAGAUAUUUGGAGCAUGUUCCCGAAAUUUUACUACGGUGAUGUGACCCUUGGUCGAGGAUAUUUAUUGGAAGACGAAGCUGCUAUAAUCAUCUUGGAAAAUUUAUCAGCUAGUGGAUACCGUUUGGCGAAGGCUAGAACAUUCUUGGAUAUCGAAGAAUUACGUCUGAUUGUGAAAAAACUAGCUCAUUUUCACGCUUAUUCGUACUACGCCAAAAGUAAAUCUCCUCGAGAGUUUUACUCUUUGGUGAGUAACUUGAUCAAUACUAAUUACACCGAUACGAAAGAAAAGCUGGGCUUUAUAAACAUCAAUAGCGAUCAUCACAUCGACGUGAUAUCGAAAGACGAAAGAUACGCAAAAAAAGCUGAAUUUAUUCGAGGUAUCCUUAAAGAUGCCGAUGAGUUUAUGUGUCGUAUGUUUAAAACUGCUCGAGAACCGAUGGCAGUCUUAUGUCACGGAGAUUUCCUUAGAAAUAAUGUAAUGUUGAAAUACAACGCUGCGGGACAACCUGUUGAUGUGAAAUUCUUCGAUCUACCGUGCUGUCGAUAUUGCAGCCCUAUUAUUGAUCUGGCGUUGAUCUUGUAUAUGAAUACAGAUCAAAAAACACGCGAUUUGUAUUGGAACGAGUUGAUAGAUGUGUAUUGUUCAUCGCUACAAGAGCCAUUUCCGGAUGUUCAGGUUCCCAGCAAAGAACAGGUGGUUGAGGAGUUUAAAAUAAACUCGUUGAAUGCGUUUUUAGCCGUAGCAUUCUUUCUUCCUCAAAUGAUGCGCCUUGAUGAGAUACCAAAUUACGAUAUCAGAAAUUAUUAUUUGCCGGAGCUUGCAGAAUUUGUAGAUGCAUCGUGGUUUGACAUUCCAUCCGAUCUUGAGCGAGUAGCGUGGAAAAAAGUACGUAAACCACAUCACGAACAGGCAGUUUUGGAGGUUUUGAAAGAUAUCAUCGAUCGGGGAUAUGUGUAAAAAUUAUGAGUAUACUUCUCAAGAAUUUCAA